AUGGGCUUAACUGACUUCGCUUUUAUUAGCUACUUUGUGCUCGUGGCCCUAAGCACUAUAGCUUCCAAGGCACCAGAUGACUGCAAUGACGGUUCUUGUUGCUCAAAUUCGACAUACAUUAAAAUUAAUGAGCCUCGUCGCAGCAUAAAGAGCAUUUGGAAAGUGGGACAAGUCGCUCUAUGUGAUCGGGGAUUGAGAAGGGGGUGGUAUCGUUUUACAAGCUUUGUUGGUGGAAAAAUGCCUGAAAACAAGGUGCUACCUAAUAAUUGUGGCACGCACGCUCCCAUCUGGUUGAAAGGUACUCAUCCGUCGAAAAAAGGCGAGAAUGUCGUUCGCAGAGCAUGCAUUAAUGUUCUUAACAUUGAUCCGGACGGUUGCUUCAACUCGUUUAACAUAAACAUUACCAAGUGUCCAGGAGGUUAUUUCGUGUACUAUCUAAGGCCUCCCUGGUAUUGUUCAGCAGCUUAUUGUGCUGGCUACAAGGAGCCUUGCCCCUAUGGAACAGAAGGAGAGCCGCCUAAUUGCUACGAUAUCAUGCAAUGUCUCUGCAAUGUUUACAACUUCCCCGAAAAACGUGUGGUCGCCCUCAAAAGCUGUGCGGGAACCAUUCUUUGCAGGCAUUCAGCUUAUCUGCAUGCAUUUCAUCCGCAUAUCAACUUCUUGACAUCAUCUGAUAACUUCAAAACACUUCAUGUAUAUCCUCGGACUACCUUAUUGCAAGUGCAAACUUGUUCCCUCAGCAUCCAGACGAUAACUUUUAUACCGAAAAUACCAGCUCGUAGAAACGCACUUGGCUGGCCAAUCGUCGAAUUCUGGCUCCCAAAGGAGAUACAAUUGGUAGACAAUAAUCAAUGCGGGGUCCAGCUAGAAGGCACAAAAAAUGUCUCCAUAGCAAUUAAGACAACCUGUCCAGAUGGUCAAGUUACAGAAGGUCUAAAAGCCAUAGUUCCUCAGAUGGAACUUCACAGUAAGCUUUGGAAUCCAAAAACUGGACUACCAACAAUAUGGGUCACUGUCCUAAAGCCAAAGGGAGAUAACAUACAGACAUGUACAUCUGUCACAGAUCCUCAUAUUAGUGCUCUCGGAGCUAAUAGGUCAAAUUGUUAUGUGUGA